ACGCGUUUUUAACGUAACUAUCCAAUCCCGUUGUUUUUGCUCAUGAUGUUUAACUCAUGAUCCUUUCUUCGGGUGCGUUCGGUCGAACGACGAAAGCGUACGAACGAACUGUGGUCGGUUAAGAAAUCGCUAAAAAGAAAGACAGGCGAGUGAGUGAGCAAGUGUGAGUGAGUGAGGAGUGAGUAGAGAAGUAAGGAAGAAGGGUGGGGUCGUGAGACAUGCUUUUCACGAAUCCGAGUGAAGGGAGAGAAGUCCUGGUGUUCUCUCGAGGCCAAUAACUGUUCGAGCCAAUCGUCGAGGAAGCAUUGAGAUAUAGUCAUAGUUGAAAAUACAGACAAAACAGUAGAGAACAAUUUAAAUCUAACAAUAUUAUUCGGACUAUGAGCCGUUCGAGAAGCACGAUCCGAUUGGCCCUCUUGUUGGCCGUAUUGUCAUCGUCGGUUAAAGCUACUACGCUUUUCGGUGCACCGCCAUGCCCCGAUCCGUAUGGAGUUCACGCAUAUGCUCAUCCAGAGGAUUGCAAUAGUUUCUUUUUAUGUACGAACGGCACGUUGACACUGGAACAUUGUGAAAAUGGUCUAUUAUUUGACGGACACGGUGCUGUACAUAAUCAUUGCAAUUAUUAUUGGGCCGUUAAUUGUGGACACCGCAAACAUGAUCUAACACCUUUGAGCUCGCCCGGUUGCGAAUUUCAAUUUGGACUUUAUCCCGACAGUGAUACCUGUAGCACUACUUACAUCAAAUGUGUUCAUGGACAACCACUUCAAGAACAUUGUGACGCUGGUUUAGCGUACGAUCCAAAAACUCACACUUGCGUUUGGCCUGAUCAACUUUUGCCAUAUUGUAAUCCGGAAGCCAUUGUUGGUUUCAAAUGUCCCCACAAAGUACCAGCACGUAGUGCUGCAGCUAAGUUCUGGCCUUUCCCAAGAUUCCCGGUGCCUGGUGACUGUGGUAGAUUGAUAACUUGCGUCGAAGGACAUCCGCGUCUUUUGACAUGCGGUGACGGUAAAUUAUUUGAUUCCGUUAGUUUGAGCUGUCUCGAACCCGAAGAACUACCACAUUGUGCCAAUAGCCUGUAAUAGUUCGAUCGGUUUUACUUCAUACACACGUGUAAUGGGAUCCUUUUUCUUCGUUUCUUCUUUUUUCUUUUUUUUUUUUUUUUUCAUAAAAACUGACAUAAUACACCGAAGAAGAAUGUGAACGUCUUACGUCGUAGAUACAACGGAUGAAAAAUAAUAUCUAUCUUUGAUGGGGGAAAAAACAUAUAGAUGAAAGGCCAUUCAUCGUGUUGGGCAAAAAGAUAUAUCAAUAUUCGUCUCGAAUAUCUGUAAUAUUCUAUUUAAUGAUCGACAAAUUGAAAUAAAUCUAUUAAGGGUUAUUACAUUAA